UUGAAAGAGAUCUUCAAUCUCUACGAUGAAGAAUUGGACGGUAAGAUUGAUGGUACUCAAAUUGGAGACGUAGUUCGAGCGGCUGGACUGAAGCCCACAAACGCAAUGGUUGUCAAGGCUAGUGGUAAAGAAUAUAAACGAAAGGGCGAGAAACGUAUCACAUUCGAAGAGUGGCUCCCAAUCUACGAACAACUUAGCAAAGAGAAGGAACAAGGAACAUUCCAUGAUUUCAUGGAAGGAUUGAAAGUAUUCGACAAAGAAGAGUGUGGAAAGAUCAUGUCUGCCGAAUUGAGGCACAUUUUGCUGUCCCUCGGUGAACGAUUGAGCAAGGAUGAGGUUGAAGAAAUUAUGAAAGGCGUUGAAGAUGCUGAAGGAAUGGUUAACUAUGAAGCAUUUAUCAAGAAGGUUCUUGCUGGUCCAUUCCCAGAAGAAUAA